GGGGCCCAGAGGUCUCGGAGAAACUUGAUGUUCCCAGGGAGCGAGUCCUGUGCAGAGGAAACCAGGACCAUGAGGAUUGUCCCUGUUUUGGUUUGGAUUCUUUUCCCAGGCUGCUGGGCAGUGAUGGGACCUGGCACAGCGCAUGGCCAGCUGGGUGGCUCGGUGUCUGUGCAGUGCCAGUAUGGGGCAGGCUUUGAGGCUUAUCCGAAAUUCUGGUGCAGACGCAAAGUUGUGCUGUGUUUCAAUCACCUCAUCUUUGAGACCACGGGGUCGGAGGCUGAGGAGACGUGGGGCAGAGUCUCCAUCCGUGACAAUCACACCCAGCGCGUUAUCACAGUAACCCUGGAGAACCUGACGCCGGCAGAUGCGGGGACUUACCUCUGUGGGGUAGCCAGGAUUGGCCUCCCUAAUCCCAGGGACUCCGUCAAAGUCAUCAUCUCCCCAGCUGCAGCACUUCCUUCAAUCCCAACGGAAAAGGCACCACAGGCAACAGACCAGCCAGCUGCUCCUGCCUUCACAUGGAUUUCCACUGGAAGCCAUGUAUCUAGCUCAUUUAUGUCCUCAAGUAACAGCUGCUUGGACAGAAGUGGCACCCAAGCACAAGCCCAACCCAACAUCCUCUAUCCCUUGUUCCUGAUCGUCCCCAUCUUCCUGUGCAUAGUCUGUGUUGUGAUCUGGGUGAGCGUACAGUACAGGAGGAAUUCCAGGGAGAUGGUGCUAAACAGACACGACAAGGAAUUACCCCUCUCCCAACUAAGGAAUGGGUCAGAAUCCACAGGAGAAGAAUGCAUCUCUCAGAUCUGCCCACAGCAUAAAUCCACAGAGUGCGUCUGACUUUCCUCUCAUGUAAACAAACUGUUUUCUCCACAUUCUUAGGGGACAGUCUCCUGCAGGUGUCUGUCUCUGUGGUUCCCAUGUCUAGGCUUAGUUCAGCAUCAUAAACACAAUGAAUGGCUGGCAAGAAAAAAAGAGGGAGGUGGGUGUUCUUGCAGCCAACUUGGGUGGCCCAGCGCUGAUGGUGCUGCAGAAUUUACCCCCAGAAAAAAAGAUGGAGUUUUCCAAACCUGGCACAAGCCCUUGACACGUGGUUUGGAGCUAGCCAAUCAAUCUGAGCUGACUUGGACACAGCUAAGAGCUAGGAGAGGGCAAGAAGUAACCCCACCAGAAGUGGAGGAGGACCUGUGGAGACUGGCGUUCCUGAUAUACUCAGCUAGUACCGUGGCCUUCCAGGAUCAAUUGGCAAUGGACCAUUUAUAGAUGCUCAGCUGGACUUGGACUUGACGAUCAAGAUGAACAAAAGGAGGCCAGAGACACUCCAACAGGCUCUGGGCUUAGCCACAGAGUGUGAAUCUUUUCUUGGAGCACUGCACCAGAAGAGGAAGCAGCUGCUAAUGAGGAAGGUGACUGCCAUGCACCCUAUAGGUGCAGCUCUGUGUUUAACAAGGACGAUGGUGAAGGGGAUUCUAACCUGCUUGAUGACAUUUUUGA